AUGGCGUCACAAGGCUCGGAGCGUGAGCAAGAUAACUUUUCGAGCGUCUCGUGGAGCGAGCCAACCGACGGCGCCGCUGCCAUGCCGCCGCAGCAAACGGGUGCCUCGGAUCGCGAUGCUGGAGCCGCGCCGCCGUCGACAGGCAAGGUUGGCCUUCCGCAGGACGCGACGGGCGGCGGCCAUAUUCUGGACUGCACCGUCGGAACUCCUAUCAAGGAGAAUGACGGUAGCAAAGAUGCCUUUGUAUCCUACCUCAUUACGACACACUCUACCUUUCCCUCGUUCCAGCGAGAAGACACCAAUGUCCGACGGCGAUUCACCGACUUUGUCUUCCUCUACAAGCAGCUCAUGCGCGACUUCCCCGCGACCGCGGUCCCGCCGCUGCCCGACAAGCAACGCAUGGAGUACGUGCGCGGGGACCGGUUCGGGAGCGACUUUACCUCGCGCCGCUCGCACUCGCUGCAGCGCUUCCUCGUGCGGUUGUCGCUGCACCCGGUGCUGCGGCGCGCCCCCAUCCUGCAUAGCUUCCUCGAGAGCCCCGACUGGAACGCCACGGUGCGCAGCAAGACGACGCGUGCGGGGGCCGGCGGCGGCGGCAGCAGCGGCCUGCCGAGCGACCCCAACGGGUCCAGCGGUGUCUUUGACAACUUUGCCGACACCUUCAUCAACGCCUUCACCAAGGUGCACCGCCCGGACAAGCGCUUCAUCGAGGUCAAGGAGCGCAGCGACAAGCUCGACGAGGACCUGAACCACAUUGAAAAGGUCGUGGCGCGCGUCGUCCGUCGCGAGGCGGACCUCGAGACGGACCUGCGCGACCUCGCCGAGCAGUUCCAGAAGCUCAUCACGCUCGAGCCCGGCGUCGAGCCAUCGGCACACGCGUUUGCCGUGUCCAUCGAGGACACGGCCGCGCGGCUGCGCACGCUCAAGGACGUCACCGACCAGGACUACCUCGGCUCGCUGCGCGACCUGCAGGCCUACUCGCUCGCCCUCAAGCAGCUCCUGCGCGCGCGCGAGCAGAAGCAGCUCGACUUUGAGCAGCUCACCGAGUACCUCAACAAGUCCACCGCCGAGCGCGACCAGCUCCACGCGGGGCACGCGUCGUCGGGUCCCGGCGGCUUCUUCCGCGCCAAGCUCGAAGACGUCCGCGGCGUCGACCACGAGCAGGCCCGCCGCGAGCGCACGCGCAAGCUCGAGCUCCGCGUCGAGGAGCUCACGCACGAGGUGCAGAACGCGCGCCACACGAGCGACGGCUUCGACGACGAGGUCGUUCGCGAAACGGGCGACUUUGAGCGCAUCAAGCGCAUCGAGAUGAAGAGCCAACUCGCGGGAUUGGCAGACGCCCAUGUCGCGUUUUACGGAUCUGUCGCCGAGACGUGGGAGACGUACAUUAUGGAGAUGGAGAAGCAGGGCAUCGUGGCUGCAUGA